GGCACCGGCACGGGAGUCCCUGCACCCCUUGUCGCGCCCCCUUCCGCGGCACUGGUGGUAAAUCGGUGUCCGCUCCCUCUCCCCCCGACUUCCAUGCAGCCCCAGUGUUCUUGAGUCCGUGGUCCUCCCGGGGCAGUCCUCGGUGUCCGUGAUCCCCCGGUAUGAGGCAGAUCUUGAACUCCACAGGUGGAAGAAGCUCCCAGUGUCUCCAGAACGGCACAGCUCCGUUAUCCCCCAGAUGGGCCCACUUGUGCUGGAACUGUACUGGCAACACGCCCCCCGCACCUGCAAGAACUUUGCUGAGCUGAGCCGCCGCGGGUACUACAACGGCACCAAGUUCCACCGCAUCAUCAAGGACUUCAUGGUGCAGGGAGGGGACCCCACGGGUACUGGCCGUGGUGGUGCCUCCAUCUACGGGAAACAGUUUGAGGACGAGCUGCACCCUGACCUGAAGUUCACUGGCGCUGGGAUCCUGGCAAUGGCCAAUGCAGGGCCGGACACCAAUGGAAGCCAAUUUUUCCUGACACUGGGCCCGGCACAGUGGCUGGAUGGGAAGCACAGCAUUUUUGGGAGGGUGUGCCAAGGAAUGGGGGUGCUGGGGCGCCUAGCCAUGGUGGAGACCAACUCCCAGGACCGACCCCUCGACGAUGUAAAGGUCAUCAAGGCGUAUCCAUCGGGAUAGGGAUGUGGGGUGCCCUCCCUCCAGAUUGUACUGCUCGUUUGUAAUAAAGGAUAUUGGAUGUGG